GGCCAUACCUCCUAUAUUAGAAUUAUGCGCAACUCUGCGUUUCCUUGCUGACGGUGGUUAUCAAAAAUGCAGUGGAAAUGAUUUCAACAUUGGGUUGGCGCAACCUACGAUAUCUUUAGUAAUUAAAGAGGUUCUAAAUAUAAUUGAACAACAUAUUUGUGCCCAAUGGAUUAAAAUUCAAAUGACUGAGGAGGAGCAAAACGCUUCAAAAGUUUUAUUUUAUUCAAAAAGUGGUUUCCCGGGAGUAGUUGGUUGCAUCGACGGAACUCAUGUUCGCAUAAUUUCACCAAGAAAAGAAGUGCAACAUCUUUAUCUUAACAGAAAGGGCUACUACAGUUUAAAUGUGAUGAAUGUUUGUAAAAAAUGAAUUAUAUUAGAAACAAAAUGGUAUAAUUUCUUAAAAUUUGUAGCUUUGUGGUUAUAAAAUGUCUAUUCGGUAUGUGGAUGCUAGGCAUGCAGGUGCAAAUCAUGACUCUUUUUUUCAAUGUUAGCGAUUUGAAAGUGCAUUUACAGAACAACAUACAGAAUAACACUUGGAUCUUGGGCGACGCUGGCUAUCCUUUGCACAAAUUUUUAAUGACGCCUUAUCGCUUGACGGAAGCUUCUUCACCCCAAACACGCUACAAUACAGUACACUCAAAGGCCCGGAAUAUUGUAGAGCGGACAAUUGGUGUACUCAAGAGUAGAUUUCGAUGUCUUUUAUCUGUACGAGGUUUACAUUACACUCCUGAAAAGGCUACGCAAAUUGUGAAUGCUUGUUGCGCAUUGCACAAUAUUUGCCAACACUUUCAAGUGGAAUCUCCGGAAGAAAUACCAUCUACCUCAAAUACUACAAUGACCAAUGAUGUUUUGGACAUAGAAAGAGAAGAAGAGGAUACGGCUCGAAUAAUUCGCAAUAAUAUUAUGACUUCCCUCUAAAUAAUUAAAAUAUUAAAUUUCAUUUAUUCUUUCUAAUGUGCUAUUUAUUCAGGCAUAUAUUUAAAUUUUAUUUAAAUAAAUUCAUUAAAUAACAAUGUCACUUCAUUUUUUAAUGUAAACUUAAACUAUGGUACAAAAAUAUA